GCUGUCGGGAAAGCAGCUAUGGCAACGCGGGAGCUGGAGGCUUGAGCAGUGGGACGUGGAAAGGUAGUUUUUCUUCUAGAAGAAUAUCCAGUUAUUUCACAAUGGCAUUUGCACCUCCAAAAAGCAUAGACGGUCCCAAAAUGCAGACAAAGAUGAGUACCUGGACACCCCUCAACCAUCAGCUUUUGAAUGACCAGGUAUUUGAAGAAAGAAGAGCCCUGCUAGCAAAGUGGUUCGACAGGUGGACAGACGCCCAGCGGAGGCGGGUGCUGGCCGGCCUGCUGGCGCGCUGCUCCGUGUCCCAGCAGAAGUUCUGCCGCCAGGAGCUGCAGGCGCGCCUGCCCGCGGAGGCUCUGGAUUUCACCACCAAGCUCCCCAGGGUGUUAUCCCUGCACAUCUUUUCUUUCCUGGACCCCCGAAGUCUGUGUCGGUGCGCACAGGUGAGCUGGCACUGGAAGAACUUGGCCGAGCUGGACCAGCUGUGGAUGGUGAAGUGUCUGCGCUUUAGCUGGUACAUCAACUUCUCUCCGACCCCCUUUGAGCAGGGCGUAUGGAAGAAGCACUAUAUUCGGAUGGUGAAAGAACUGCACGUCACCAAGCCCAAGACGCCUCCCAAUGACGGGUUUGUGGUUGCUGAUAUUCAACCAGUGACAAGCACCUCUCUGGAAGAAAAGCAGAGCCCUUCAUGGCUUUUCCGGUCCCUUUCCUCUCUAAGAAAGAAGAAUCACCCAGGGGAGAAAGAGCUUCCACCCUGGCGGUCCUCGGACAAGCAUCCAACGGACAUCAUUCGCUUCAAUUACCUGGACAACUGUGCACCGCUGGACCAAGCCUGGCAAGGAAGACGGAAAAGACAUGAAAUGACCCCGGAGAAGUCGCGCGAUAAGAAGAAUAAGUUGCAGGAUAAAUCUAAGCUAAGAAAAGCGCAGUCUCUGAAUCAAGUGGUGAUUUAAUACCUGGUCUCUGACCGUGCGCGCCAGGGCUUCUCGUGUGAAGGAUGCCCUCUCCGAGCCUCCGUGGUCUCACCCCUUACAGUCUGGAUGAGCUGAUGUGUGUGAACCUGCUUCCAAAACUGCCCCACGCCACGGGUGUUAUUCAGAGGGCUUUCUCCUGCGGGGAGUCCUCUGGAGAGUGGGGGUCUCACGGAGCUCCCCGAGUUCUGCUGCUGCCCCAGGGAGCCUCCGUAGAAUAGUGUUUCAAGUAACUUGAGAAAAAAAUGAAUGAAGAACUUUGCCUUCCCUGCUUAAGAAGGCGCUGAUGGGCUACCCACCGAGCCAGCGACCAGGGGGCAGAGCACGCCAGUGCCAUGCCCAGCUCGCGGCUCUGUGCCCCAGCGGCGUCCGUUCAGGGCAGAAGCGAGGAAGGCUGGAAUCAGACGUCCACAUUAACAGGGAAGAGUUUGGACACAGCUGAGAUACACACUCACGGGAAAUUCAUAUGAAGCGAUGUCACUGGGGAGAGAAUAACUACAUGGUCACACACAAAUCACUUUUAUGGCUCUGCUGGAAAGCCCUGUUACUCUCUGUUUAAAUGUAUUUUCAAGUGUUAUGCGAGAGAGAGAGAGAGAGAGAGAGAGAGAGAGAGAGAUGAGCUUUUAAAGAUAGGGUAGUUUGUAUUCUGAGAGGCUAAUUUUGUUGGAUUGCGUGAGGCUUAUCACACAUCUGUACAGAUGCCUGAGGGAAGGCGGAGCUUGGAGCAGUGCAGUAAAAUUGUCAGUGAAAACCAUUAAUUGAGAAAAAUAACCUUAUGAGG